AUGACUGAUAGGAGCAACUCCUUCCGGAAGAGUAAAUCAUCUCUCCCAGCAAUGGAGAACGAUACUCCAUCGAAAACCCCAAAAGAGAGAUUUCGAGCAUUAGUGAAAUGGAUAAUCUACCAGAUACGUUUUGAUCAAUUUGAUCCUCAGGACUGCGUACAAUUAUUAAGAGACCCUACUCCAGAAGUCCUAGGUUCCCUGAAAAAGAAAGUACAAAAACUGGAUGAGGAAUGGACGCAUGAAUUUAUGAAUUAUGGUGGACUUGAUGCUCUUUUGGACGUUGUAGAUACAAUGGGAAACCGAAGAGUUUCUUUUUUUGAAGCAUUGAUGCUUUUAGAAAGUGUGACAUGUAUCAGAUACUUGGCCAAUUCUGCAAUGGGGUUAUCUUUCCUGGCUCAGAACGACAGCUACACCAAAAAACUUGUUACAGCAUUGGAUACAAACCAGUCAAUAGUGAAGACCCAGGUCUUUGAAUUACUGUCAGCGCUGUGUUUGAAAUCAAGCGAUGGAUACAUCCUCACUCUUUAUGCUCUAGACAGCUAUAAGAUAAAGAAAAACCAAAGAUAUCGCUUCAGUGUUAUAAUGGAUGAACUGGAAAAGGCAGAUUUGGUUUCCUACAGAACUACAUUGAUGGGUUUUGUCAAUUGUAUCAUUUUGGCUAAUGAAGAAUUGCAGGAGAGAGUAAGAAUCCGCAAUGAAUUUAUUGGAUUAAACUGUCUGGGUAUUAUCAACGAUCUACGAAAGGAAGACGAUGAGGAUAUGAUGGUUCAGUGUGAAGUUUUUGACAAAGAGAAGGCGUCAGAUGAUGAAGAAAUGGCGACCUUAUACCGGACAUGCAUCGAUAUUAACAAUGCCAAGGAGGUUUUCAAUGCUCUUUAUCAUAAGGUUUACAACACACCAUUUGCGGAGGUGCUUCUUAAUAUUAUGCUAUUUCUUCUACAAAGUCAGACGGAAAAAUCACCCAGUAUAAAGCAAUGGAAAAAGGUUGAAGAUUCCGUGAAGGAGGCAUUUCUGAGAUGUGAAACACAAGUCACCCGAAGUGGAAACCACGUAUCACAACCCCCUCCCCCUCCUCCACCAGUGCCAGAUCCAAACUUUAGAGGAGUCGCUUCAGAUCAAGAAAAUGUUUGGAAGAAAGUCGGGUACAUGGAGGAUCGAAUCAAAGUGAACCAUGAAACCUUAGAACAGCUAUUUUGCUCAACAGAAGAUAAAGCAAUUAAAACAAGGCAAUCGAAGGAGGUUGCAAAGCUAAAAAAUUUCGAUGGAGACACAGGAAAGCUUGGAAAUGCAGAGAAAUUUUACCUAAAACUUAUCCAGUUACCUGGCUUCGAUACCCGUAUUAAAGGUGGUUACGCUGGAAAUGCCAAGGGUUUCAAAAAAGAAUCCUUAAAUAAACUGAUUGUCAUCAAAACCACAGAUCCGAAUGUCACCCUGCUUUAUUAUCUAGUUGAAGAAGCUGAAAAAGAAAUAACGGAUGCUCUAAAUUUUGUGGAAAAGAUGUCAAUCGAUCUGGAUAUAGUCUCAAAGCUGAGCGUGGACGAAUUAAAGAAAGAAAUAAAUACGAUGAAAGACAACGUAACAGUAAUUAAAGAAGAAGUUGAAAAAUGUCCAAAUGAUGUCAAACAUCAACUAGAAAUAAUCCUUCAGGCUGCAGAAAAAGAAAUGGGGCCAUUAUAUUGUGGGAUAGGUAAAAUUACUGAGAGGACAAAACUGCUUGUUGACUACUUUUGUGAAAACGGGAAUAGUUUCGACAUUGACGAGUGUAUUGAUCAAGUGAAGAUUUUUUGUGAUUGUGUGAGACGAUGUCAAAGGGAGAAUCUUGAACGAAAAGAAAAAGAAGCAAAGAGGAGACACAGCACAGAACAUCAAGGAGAAAAGACAAAAAAGAUCCUGGAAAUACGUGAUGGAAGUAGAAGAUGUAAUGUAACUGCUUUUUAA